AACCGUAUGUGUACCUAUAUCGAAGCGGGGAAAUCUCGGGUUUGUCAUGGUUACCCUUCUUGCGAGGAAACAUGGACUUUCUUUAUUACUGUCUCCUGUCAAAGGGCCAGAGAGAGGUUCCCAUUUCCCAGGCCCCAUUCGUCACGGCCCACCCAGUACUUCAACCCCUUCAAGCAAAUCCCCAGCAGCAGGCCAGGAGCCCAGAAGAGCCCAAUCCGAGCCCAUAUUAGUCUGGUGGGCGGACACCCUGGGCGGGACCCCCAAAAGGACGUACACUAGAAACAGGGUGCUCAUGUCCAGAUACUUCUAUCUCUAUUAUCCCAAGCUCUGUAUUGCCUUCGAUUUCAUCUCGUUCUCUGUAUACAGACUUCCCCUUCCACCGCCACAUCUUCUCGAAGCAGCCCAAACUUCAAGAUUAUGCGAAGGGGUCCUUAGUCAACCGGGCAACAAUUUACUGUUCCACAUCUUCUCACUAUUCCCUUUCUUUCCCGUCACGAUCCUCUCCGUUACUCCUGUCUCGCAUAUGGUCCUCUGCACUUCCGAGACAUCGUUAGGCGUCGUGCUGGUGUGGUUCUCGACGUCAAUCAAGGAAAGGCUGGAGGGAAACGAACGGGUAUUACAAGACGUCCCCCGUUGAGUGCUGAUUUGGCCCGCGGCACUGCUCACGUACCCCAUAAAAUUUGCGCGCCGAAAACGCUGCGGUGGAUUUCCUCGGCAGGAUUCCCAACAUCGUCGAACCGGAGCAUACCCCCGUAAUUAUUCGACACAGCCAACAAAUCGACCGCCGCCGGCCGCCGCCAACAUUUGCGACUUGCUCCUAAAUUUAGCUACGCACAUCGUCUCUUCUUCCCAACUAGCGUAUACAGAG